AUGCCUAAGAAACCGAAGUUUAAUUAGAUCAUAAGUGUUAGUGGUGAUAUCCAUCACCAUUCGCUUUUGUCACCUGUUAAUAGAAGUUGUGGAAAAAGAUUAAAAAAAGUCACUUUUGACGAUUAUGCUCUUUAUCUUUAAUUUAGAGCCACUGAUUGUCCAAGUGAAGUGAAUAUUACUCUCUAAAAACACAAUUUAUAAAGAUCAAUCUCAAUAAGCACUUGA